AUGGCCCAAAGUCAGAGCGCACGUCCUACCCUGGAGUGCGAGAAGAUCGUCCAGUUCUGCAAUGCGAUUGUUGCUGGCUCGCAUCCCAAGAUCAAGGCCCCCUCCAACUGCGCUGGCAAACUAACCAAUUUUCCCUCCUCCACUCUUGCUCAAUCGCCUAAACCUUCAACUGCCCCUUCAAUCUCAAAGCAUGCCAGCAGUGGUCUAAAACAACAGGUUUCUGCCCAGAAUGGCCAGUUGCCCAUUUCCAAGCCCCAGACGCCGGUCGUACCGGGUCUCGUCCCAGGAUUGGGUAGUUCGACUCCCCUUGCGGCUAAUUCGGUCGUGAAUACGAGGCCGUUUGGCUCAGGGAAUACAGAAAUCGACCCUGUCUUGCUCGAGAAAUCUGAUGAUCUCGUGAAGGCCGAGAUUCAGCUGCAGAGACAAAGAAUAGAAAGAUCAUUAAGGGAGGAUGCCGAGCAGCGUCGUGCCGCCUUGAAAGCAUCGGCUCAGUUGGAGCCACUCCCAGAUUUCGACAUCAACGAUGUCCUGUCCAAGGCUCUGACCCUCGUCCAAGCUUCUGCGUCCCUCCCCGUCGAUACCAAUUCGGCCGCUAACAGAAACACAUCAGCCGCAAGUGAUUCUUUUGAUGAGAACUCCUACUACUCCUCGCAGCACAAUUCGCCCGAUUCCUCCCACGCGGGCUCCAGUGCCAGCGCGGUCUAUGACCCGGAGGCGGUGUAUCAACCGGAAGAACCGCAGUCUCAGCAGCCGAUUGUGUCCGACGAUCAACGCGUGGCUAGCAACCAUCUGCACCAGCCAGCUCUCCCAAUAUCAUCUCACCAACCCGCUGCUUAUCAUCAAGAGGAUCGAGUCUCUACUCGUGAUUCGUCGUAUACUCCCUCGCGCCCGCACGACGGCUUUCCGGCCUCCGCGAACGCUCAGCAUGCAAGAGCAGAGAAGAACAACACUGACGCGGCCAUGGAUAACAUUACCACAGCUGGCGAGUCUACUUCUGUUGGAGAUCGUAGUCGAGAGGCGAGCCAGUCGGACCCUGGUAACGUGGUGGAGAUUGACGAGAAUGCUAGCAGGCGUAUGCCAGGUGCACGCCAACAACAACAACGACGACGACGACGACAGCUCGGGGACUCCCUCCUUUCUCGUCCUCCGUCGCCUCUGGUUAUUGCUCAGCAUAUAUCGCCAGUCGCCCCCCAACCGUUCCAUGUGUCACCCCUGGCUGUAGCGCGGCAACCACCUAUUCCCCUCGCGCUUGGGACUAGCAUCCCCCAGGGAACGAGUGCCCAAGUCGCCGCCCUCCGCAAUGAGCCGAAUGUCAUUUCUAGUCCAGACAGCUCACCCCAAGGCCCUCGGAGAGGGGAUAAGAAGAAGGGGAAGAAGAGGGACAGAAGCGGCAGGAAGGAUGCCCGGCAAGCGCCGCCAGACAGCCCUUACAUCAAAGAUGAGCCUCAAUCGCCCUCACCUCUGGAUGCCCCUCCUUUCACCAGGCCGCAGAAGCGUCAGAAGAGACAGGCGGCGGACAGACCAAGACAUCAGCUGCAUGAGCGCCAGAAUUCCAACACGUAUGGGGGCGACUCGGUUGCAUUUGCUUCGUCUCACCCCGGGCCAGCCGGGCCAGAGGGAUAUCGAUCUCGACCAGUCAUGCAAGUAGCGGCUCCUCAGGAUGGCUACAGUUACGAGCCAUCCUUUGUGGAGCAUCGCCGCGUCUCGGGCGGCAAUCAACCGUACCCGGCUCAGUACGGUCCAGUAGAGACCUAUGCACCUGCGUCUGUCCCUCCUCCUGUGACAUCAGAUCGUUACAACGAAGAGUCACGGCGUACAUACGUGGAUAACUAUGAGAUGUCCAGGACGAGCGUUCACCCCGAAGCCAGUCGGGUGAGGUCUCGAUCUCCCGUCAUGCGAGAUCGGCCCACGUCGGUCAUGGGACCACCCAGAGCCCCCCCCGCUCGGGUUGUGGUUGAUGCCUAUGGGCGGAGAUACUAUGAACCCGCCCCUCCCCCUCCGGUGCAGGUUGUUCGACAGUCCGUUGCGCCUCCGAUGGGCAUGGACGAUGCAGAGAUCAUCUACGAAAGACCCGUGCGAGCAGAAUCACGGCGACCGGCCCUAGAAUGGGAAGAGAACGGAGUUAUCUAUCGGAGGGCGUCGCCGACCUACGCAGCUCCACGGCGCGUCAUCACCCAGCCAGAGUAUGCCGUUGCCGACCCGCAUCGAGGCUACCGGACACGAGAGUACUCCGCUCGGCCUGUCGCGCCUCCGCCGAUGGAGGAAUACAUCUCGUCCCGCGGGGCUGUCGAACGCCGGCCCAUUGAAGAGAUCCCACGAGAGUACACCAUGCGGGCGACCACGGCGAGGCCGGUGGAAUCGGUUCGCUACGAGAUGCCCGGGACGUAUGAGAGGGUGCAGCACUCGGUCAGACCCGAACCCUCCCCGGUCUAUCCGGUCGGGGCGCCGGUCGAUAUGCGCCGCGAGGCGAUGCAGCCUCUGCCUCGGGCAUACAGUGUGCGGCCGGCCGAACCCUCCAUGGUGCGGCGCGAGUUCAGCGCUCGGCCAGCUGAGCAGUAUUACGGACAGCCCGUCCCUAUGGGAAAUGAGGUGGCCUAUGUCGAUGAGCUCCCGCAAGGUCCCCCGCGGGAGAUUGUGUACGGCGACGGUGUCCGACAGGGAGGGUAUCGAUAA